AUGAGAUCACAUUCGGCCGAUUCAGAAUUAAGCAAAAUUCUUCUUGAUGUUGGAGAGGGGAAAUGUCCAGAAGUGAAUGAUAAUCAUAAUAUAGAACUACCCACCGGUCUUUGCCAUGUAGUGGCGGACACUGAAACUUUAAUACAUAGCACUUAUGAUGAUGUUCACGAUCUAAAUAUAAAAGAAGAUUCGUGGUUGUGUGAACGAUCAAUUUUAGCACCAAUGAACGACCAGGUUACUGCGCUUAGUCAACGUAUUUUAGAUAAGCUUUCUGUCGACUCACAGACAUACCCUUCCAUCAAUACAGUUUGCAAUCUGGAUGAAGUAGUUAAUUAUUCAACAGAAUUUGUAAACAGUAUAAAUAUGCCUGGUCUACCCCCUCACAAAUUAGAACUUAAGAUUGGCGUGCCCAUCAUACUUCUCCGUAAUUUAAAUCCACCGAAACUUUGCAAUGGUACUAGAUUGCGAGUAGUGUCAUUGCAAAGAAACGUUAUAGAAGGACGCAUAAUAUCCGGAUGCGGAAAGGUGAGACAGUAUAUAUACCAAGAAUUCCCAUAA